AUAUUAUUGUGUGUGUGUGGGAGAGGGUGGGGUUAUAUCCUCCUCCCGUUAACGUUUCCUUCAAACGGGUUGUUUGUCAGAUAUAAAUAGCUCAUUAAUAAUUAUUUCAUGGGCGUUGAAAGCUUGUCCCAGGGCUAUGUAUAUAUAUAUAUAAGGGGACAAAGUCUAUGUUCAACCAAACUUAUACUGUAGAUCUACAGAGACAUCAUGAGAACCACUGCAGCCUUCCUAUUGGUCCUCUGUCUCCUGGCCAUCAGUCAUGCCUGGGACUGUCAGCCUGUAGUGGAUAUCAAGAAUCUGAUGCAGAUCGAUGCAGGACUGGGGCAAGUGGUUGCUACGGACACAAGUCAAAUCCCCUACUACCUUGUAGGUGAUAAAUGGAUCCGCAUGCCUGGUUCCCUGAAGCAUAUCACUGUAGGACCAGCAGGGAUCUGGGGUGUCAACAAGGACUAUGCAAUCUACAAGUAUGUGGCCGGUAACUGGGUGCAAGCUGCAGGCCUUCUGAAACAGUUGGAUGCUGGAGGUGACCAGUUUGUUGUGGGGGCUAACAUGAACGAUACUCCAUACUGUCUGGCAAGUAGUGCCACAGUUGGCUACAAGGGUCCAGCCUCACCCCUUCCAUGGACAGGAUUGCCAGGAAGUGUGAAGUACUACAGUUGUGGACCCUUUGGGUGCUGGGCAGUCAACAAUAAUGAUGAUAUCUACUUAAUGAGUCUGAAUCAAGACUGCCAAAACAACGGGUGGAGUCACAUUGAAGGCAAGCUUUCCAUGAUUGAGGUGGCAACUGAUGGUAGUGUCUUUGGGGUCAACUCUGUGGGUAGUGUUUAUACCAGAGACGGCAUCACAGCCAGUAAACCAGAGGGCACUGGAUGGAGCCAUGUCCCAAUGUGUAUGCAAAUGAAGCACGUGACCUACGACCUGGGCCGUCUUUGGGUCAUCUCCAAGUCUGGCUUCACCAUGGUGUGCACACAUUAGCCUCUUCUGCUUGAGAAUUGAGGACAUGAACUCAUUAGAAUCCUUCAUUCUAAAACCGUUUGCUUCAUUUGAAAAACUAUAUAUUUUUAUCUCUAUCAAUAGUAAUCACUGACUGUACUGAGGUUAAAUUUAUUUUUAUCAAUGUAGAUGUUUUCUCCCACAAAACUGACCACCAACAGCCUUAUAAAAGUUGUAUUAUUUUCUUGAUGACUCCUUGAUUAACACUUAAAUAGAGCUUUGCUAUGGCUGCUAUUGGUCAUAGUGUAAAAACCUGAGCCUUCCAAUGUAAUCAAUAGAGUUGAUGUAAUCCUUGGCAUUGCUUAUUAUCUCAUAUUAUCAUUUCCCACAAAUAAAGCAUUCAUUUUAAAACUAA